UGGAUGGGCGACAAAGGAAGAGCAGACGAAGAGAGUGAAACGCGAGAGCAGAGCAGAGGGGCUGAGGUGCCAUAACAGAAGCAAAGCUGCAUGCGUGAAGAGGAAGAAGACAAAGAUAAAAAGCCCGUUUGAUCAGAUCAAAGGCGAGGGAGGGGAGUUCUUCUUUGAAAACUUCUUCUUCCUUGUCCAGAGGGAGGGAAGAGCUAUUUCCUCUUUUGGUAGUUCGGGCUGGGAGCGGGGAAAAUCAGUGAGCAGAGAGGGAGGCGUUUAGGUUUAUUUUUUGAGUGAGGGAAGACACAGGAACGAAGUCACCAAAGAUAGAGACAAGUUAGGUUUCGUUUAUAUCUAAUGCAGAUCUCAUUCAUUGAUAUGGCUCUGUACCCUGGUUAUGAAAGAAGGCCAUGAUAAUAAAUGGCUAUGCUUGGAACAAGUCCAGAAUUUUUGGGUUGGGUAAGCUGCUGAUUUAAAGGAAACAUAUUUAUUUUCUCUUGGAGUCAAGUAUUUGAGCAUUUCGCCAAAGAAGGAAGAAGAAAGAAAUGAGUGGAGAAGAGGAAGCAAGGGACAAGAGGUCAGUGGAGAUGCGGCCAGGGAUAUUGGUUGUGGGAUCCUCCUCUGUUGGCAAACGCACACUCUUUUCUCGAUUACUCUCCUGUGAUUUUGAAGAUGCCCCAGACUUGUCAUCCCAACCACUUUUACGUGGGUGGACUAUCAACACAAAGUAUUACACAGCUGAUGUUGCUGUGUGGAUGAGUCAUCUUUGUGAUGGAUUUUCAACUGUCAACAUGACAAUUUCUGACCAGUUGGCUGCAUUGGUUAUGGUCUUCGACAUGACUGAUAUAUCAACCCUUGUUGCCCUUAAGGAUUGGGUAUCUUGCAAUGAUAUUAAACGUUUUGACAUACUAUUGUGCAUCGGGAACAAAGUGGAUCUUGUUCCAGGUCAUCCUGUUCAUGCUGAAUACAGAAGACACAUGCUUAAGCUCACAGACAACUCAGCAAAUGCUUAUUCUGAACUUGGAGAGUAUGGGAUUUCUGAGACUGAAGGAAGUAGUCUAUUAGGGGAGGAAGAACCUUCCUGGGAUAUAAGAAAAUCAUGUUUGGAAUGGUGCCAUGAACACAAUAUUGAAUUCAUUGAAGCGUGUGCCUCUAGUGCUGAGUUUGACAAAUGUUUGUCAGUUGAUGGGGAUUUACAAGGAGUUGAGCGUCUAUAUGGUGCGCUCUCUGCUCAUAUGUGGCCUGGAAUGAUCUUAAAAUCUGGGGAUAAGAUAUCUGAACCAUCCUUACCAGAGAGAGAAGAGUUCUCUGAAGAAGAACCAGAUUUUGAAUUUGAGUAUGAGGUGCUAUCAGAGGGUUUGGCUGAACAAUGGGAUGAAACCAAUGAAACAUGGGUUUCUGCAGAUGGAAUUUAUAGUCUCCCAGAUGCAAGAGAAGCUGUUUGUCCAUAUACUCCAUUUCCUGAAGGUUAUCAAGAGAAUUUAACUGGAGUUGAUAAAGAAGAGACCGGGCCCUCAACAUCUGCAGCGGAAUUGCAGAAUGAGGUUGGCAAGGGAGUGGGGUGCAAUGAAGAAGGGUCUGACAAAGCUGCAGAAUCAGAUGAAGGUACACACUUCGAUUUUGAGGAUUUGGAACAUUUGAUGUCUGAGAUAGGGAACAUCCGUGACAACUUGAGACUAAUGCCUGAUUUUCAAAGGAGGGAAAUGGCUGCUAAGUUGGCCUUGAAAAUGGCUACUAUGUUUGGGGGCAGCAGCGAUGACGAGGACACAACAUGAUUGAUCGAAGAGGGUAUUAAUUUUUGGUGCAACAACUUCUUGCAUUCCUAAGUUUCAUUCUACUAAACUUCCUGCUGUGUCACUAUUGGGGGGAUCAGGUAAGGGAAAAGGAGCUUCACAGUAUGUAUGUUGCACAAUGAAUAUAACUAUGCAUGCAAGUUCUUGGGUAAUUCCGUGAGUUCUUUUUGCUUUCUGCAUCUCGUUUCUGCAAGCAAUUAAUCCAGGAAAGUAUCAGUGUCCAUGCCUAUGUACCUAAUCAUUUUUGGCUCAUUUCUUCGGAAUAUUUUUUUGAACUAUUAGUUUAUCUAUAAUGCUGGUCAAUGUCAGGAGAGAGACUAUAUUGAAUGUUUUGAAUUCCAAAUUAUCAUGUUGUGAAGGUGGCUGAACUGCGGAUUUAUGGAGAAAGUUGCUAGCUAUAUUAGUUGGCUUGCAAUCAGACCUGAAAUGUUUGAAAAUUGUGCUCCUGAACCAUGCGAAAA